CUCCUCCCGAAGAUGCAGGAUGGCUGCGGAGCCGCGGUCCAGCCUGUCCUACCGCACCACGGGCUCCACCUGUCUGCACCCGCUCAGCGAGCUCCUGGGCAUCCCGCUGGACCAGGUGAAUUUUGUGGCCUGCCAGCUCUUCGCUUUGUGUGCAGCUUUCUGGUUCCGCCUCUACCUGAGUCCUGGGAAAACCAGUCCUGAUGUCCGGCAUGCAUUUGCCACCAUUUUUGGCGUCUAUUUUGUCAUCUUUUGUUUUGGCUGGUAUUCUGUGCAUCUAUUUGUGCUGGUGUUAAUGUGCUAUGGAAUCAUGGUCACUGCAAGCAUAUCCAAUAUUCACAGAUACUCCUUUUUUGUAGCAAUGGGCUACCUUACAGUCUGCCACAUCAGUCGAAUCUACAUCUUCCACUACGGAAUUCUCACUACAGAUUUUUCUGGGCCUCUGAUGAUUGUUACUCAGAAGAUCACAACCUUGGCAUUCCAAGUUCAUGACGGACUAGGUCGAAGGGCUGAAGAUCUUUCCAGCGAGCAACAUCGACUUGCUGUAAAAGCAAAACCCUCCUUUUUGGAAUAUGUGAGCUACCUUCUCAACUUCAUGAGUAUCAUAGCAGGCCCUUGUAACAAUUUCAAGGAUUAUAUAGCCUUCAUUGAAGGGAGACACACACACAUGAAGUUGCUGGAAGUGAACUGGAAGGAAAAAGGCUUCCACAGUCUGCCAGAACCUUCUCCCACUGGAGCCGUGAUGCACAAACUGUGCAUGACCUUGGUAUCUCUCCUUUUGUUUCUGACGCUGACGAAGACCUUCCCUGUCGCCUCCCUGGUUGACGACUGGUUUGUUCAUGAAGCAAACUUUCUGACCCGACUCUGCUACUUAUAUGUCGUCAUGCAAGCCUCCAAGCCCAAGUAUUACUUUGCCUGGACGUUAGCUGAUGCAGUGAACAACGCAGCUGGCUUUGGGUUCAGCGGAGUGGAUAAGAAUGGAAAUUUCUCUUGGGAUCUGCUUUCUAACCUAAACAUCUGGAAAAUAGAGACUGCCACAAGUUUCAAAAUGUACGUAGAAAACUGGAAUAUUCAGACAGCUACUUGGCUAAAGCGUGUGUGCUACGAGCGGGUUCCCUGGUACCCCACUGUGCUGACCUUCAUCCUGUCUGCCUUAUGGCACGGUGUCUACCCUGGGUACUACUUCACCUUCUUAACUGGAAUCCUUGUCACUCUAGCAGCCAGAACGGUGAGGAAAAACUACAGACAUUACUUCCUUUCUUCAAAAGCCCUCAAGGUUGUUUAUGACAUAGUCACCUGGGCUGUCACUCAGCUGGCCGUCUCUUACACAGUGGCCCCCUUCGUUAUGUUGGCCGUGGAACCCACCAUCAGCUUAUACAAGUCUAUGUACUUUUACUUACACAUCAUCAGUCUCCUGAUCAUUCUUUUCCUACCAAUCAAACCACAAGCUCAUAAUCAAAGGCGGCCUCAGACUCUGAACUCUGUUAAUAAGAAAAAAAUGGAUUGA